AUGUCGAAAUUGAACGGUACCAACGGUGUCAAUGGUUACAUCUCGGACAAUUGGGUCCCCGCCAAGGACUGUCCUCUCGGGAAUCCACGGAAGCUCAAGGUUGUUUGCGUCGGUGCUGGAUACGCUGGGCUAAUGCUGUCGUAUCAGUACAAGUAUGGAGAUCAAUCUCUGGAUCGAUUUAUGGAUCUCAAAAUCUAUGAAAAGAAUGCCGAUGUGGGGGGCACUUGGUUCGUCAACAAGUACCCUGGAGUCGCAUGUGAUGUCCCUGCACACAUCUACACAUUCCCUUUCGAACCCAAUCCAUCAUGGAGUUGCUUCUACGCCUCGGGUCCUGAGAUUUGGAGAUACAUCAAGAAGACUUCGGACAAAUAUGAACUAGCCAAGCCCGUCGAGUUCAACUCUGAGCUGGUUUCCUCGACAUGGGAUGAUGAAGCUGGCAAGUGGCGCCUCGAAAUCCGGCAACAGAAUGGAUCUGCUCUCAUCAAGGACGAAGCCGACAUAUUAAUCAAUGCAACUGGUUUCCUCAGCAAGUGGAAUUGGCCAACAAUCCCUGGUCUCGACAAAUUCAAGGGAAAACUCAUGCACACCGCCGACUGGGAUACAAGCUUGGACUGGUCAGGCAAGACAGUCGGUAUCAUUGGUAAUGGAUCUUCAGCAGUCCAACUACUUCCUCAGAUGCAGCGCACAGCAGCCAAGAUUGUCAACCUUGUUCGAAGUCCUCUCUGGGUAUCAAGCACAUUCGUCGCCGAGUUCACACCAGAGGGCAAAAACUUUACCUACACAGUUGAAGAGAUUCAGACCUUCAAGGACAAGCCUGAAAAGUUGCUCGAGCUAAGAAAAGGCAUCGAAAGUUCAAUGAACAAGCUUUUCCGGGUAUUGGUCAAGGAUAGCCCUGAACAGGUGGCGGCCUUUCAAUUUUUCAAGGAUAAGAUGGAGAAAGGUCUCAACUAUGACCCUUACCUAUGCGCUAAACUUGUUCCGACCUUUGAGGUGGGAUGCCGUCGGCUAUCACCCGGUGACAACUAUCUGGAAGCCAUACAGAAGGAUAACGUUACACUUGAGUUUGACCCUAUCAAGGAGAUUACCGAAAGGGGUAUCACUACGUUGUCAAAGAGCCACGAGUUUGACAUCAUUAUCUAUGCAACUAGAUUCGAAGUCAGCUUCAGCCCUGGAUGGAAGGUCGUAGGUCGGAACGGUGCUUCAUUGGCAGAGCAGUGGAAAGAUGCACCUGAGGCCUACCUAGGCGUUAUGGCUGGCAACAUGCCCAACUACUUCACUAUCAACGGGCCCAAUACUCCGUUGGCGAAUGGAAGUCUUAUAGCCGCCAUGUAUUCCACGGUAGAUUACAUCGCGAGGUUGAUCCGCAAGAUGUCGACACAAGAUAUCAAAUCUAUCCAAGUGCGGCAGGAUGCGCUAGACGAUUACAAUUGCUAUAUCCAAGAGUCGCUGAAAAGGACAGUAUGGACAGGGAAUUGCAGAUCCUGGUUCAAAAAUGGCAAGGUCGAUGGCAGAGUGACAGCAAUGUACCCCGGCAGCGUGCUUCAUUUCCAGGAAAUGCUUCAAGAAUUCAGAACGGAGGACUUUGACUUUGAGCAUACUGCUAAGAAUCGUUUCCAAUUUAUGGGAAAUGGCCUGACAUUUCGAGAGACAAAUGAUGGGGAUUUAUCGUGGUAUAUGCUUAAGUAG